GUGUGUACACAAAUUACAUGACGUAUACACUGUCCCAAAUUGUCAAGAAGUGAUCGUACCGAAAUAUACCUGAAGACAGAGAUUUCAAGAUGGGUAGUGCGCAGAGUGCUUUUACGGAACAAGAACUGGAUGAUUAUCAAACUUUGACCUAUCUGACCAAGAAGGAGAUUCUACAUGUCUACAAGAGAUUCUAUCGUUUAGACAGCACAGCUGUGGACAAUGACAAGAACUGCAAACUCUCGCAGGACAAGGUACUGGAGCUCCCAGAGCUGAAGGUGAACCCAUUUGGGAAGCGCAUCUGCCAGGUGUUUUCAUCGGACGGCCAGGGCAACAUGACGUUUGAAGACUUCCUGGAUAUGAUGUCUGUCUUCUCGGAUAAUGCACCCAAAAAUGUCAAGGUGGAAUACGCCUUCAGAAUAUAUGACUUUGAUGAGGACGACAUGUUAUCAAGCACAGACCUGCGUAAUGUUGUCGACCACCUGACCAGUUUCCAGAACGACGAACAGAAGCUGUCCGAUGAGGACAUGCAACAGCUAAUCGAUAAUAUCCUUGAAGAGGCAGAUCUUGAUGAUGAUGACUCUCUGUCAUUUGCUGAGUUUGAACAUGUCAUUUCCAAAGCUCCAGACUUUGUCAACUCCUUCAGAAUCCGUUUGUGAAGUGCCUGAAACAGAUCUGUCCUCUCCUCCAAGAAAGUCCCAUCCAGAUGCUGGGUUGACUAAAUUAAGGGGUACAAUGCUCAAGAAAACAAUCACCAGUCAUCGAUGUGACAAACUUGUUCUCAUUUCCAUCUGAAAACUCUUGUUUCCUAUUAAUUUUGAUUACUUUGUUCUUGUUGAAAGUUAUCUCUUUGUCAAUUUUCUUAGUGAGCGGGUCUUUUAUUACGGCAAAUACAGUAUAUGUUAGUAAUGUUAGUUUCAUUUGUUAAACAGCUGUUUUAGCAGCAUGUCUUCUUGGAAAUUACUCAUGUUUCUGUGAAUGGCGAAGACUGCUGGUUCUGUAAAUGGCGAAGACUGCUGGUUCUGUCAAUGGCUAAGUCUGCAGAUUCUGUCUAUGGCUAAGACUGCAGGUUAUGUCAAUGGCUAAGACUGCUGGUUCUGUCUAUGGCUAAGACUGCAGGUUAUGUCAGUGGCUAAGACUGCUGGUUCUGUCUAUGGCUAAGACUGCAGGUUCUGUCAAUGGCUAAGUCUGCAGGUUCUGUCAGUGGCUAAGACUGCAGGUUCUGUCAAUGGCUAAGUCUGCAGGUUCUGUAAUUGGCUAAGACUGAAGGUUAUGUCAUUGGCUUAGACUGCUGGUAGACAGACUGAAUAUUUUAACAUUUUAAGUAUGGAUUAAAAUACAGCGAAACACGUCCUGUUAACUCAUUAGGAUCUUAUAUGUGAUUUUGUGAUAAAAUUCAGAUGAAAUCAUUAUCAAGACUAGGGUGCAAUAUUGACACUGGUCUUGUAUCAAACUGUGGAUGACUGAAAACAUUUUCAAUGAUCCCAAUGACUUCAAGUUGACAUUGUUUCACUGUGUACAAAUAUGACACUUUCCAUUGUGUACAAUAUGGAAUUAUAAAAGAGCACUUCAAACGAUAUGCAAGUAAUAUCUUAAGUGGAAUUUUUGAAGCUUUAGUAACGAUGAUGACAAGAGUUGACUUAUAGAUUUAAACUUCUUUUUUCUUUCAUUACCACAUUUUGUACACAUGCUAAUACCUUUACAAAGCAAGAACGCAUUUGUACUGAAUUGUGUUGCUUGCUCACUUGAUAACGGUAUAAUCCUCUGUUCCGAAACAUCGCUUUAAAAAAUCAAAUGAUUUGAAAUCCAUGUCUGUCUGUGUUAUAUGCAACUAUGACAUUUUUUAGCUGUUUUUUAAAUUGUGGAGAAUUACAGAUGAUGUUGUUGUUUUAUGCAAAUGAUAUGAGGAAUACAACACAGCAAAGCUUCUUAGGAAAUCAGAAUCAGAAUCUUACAACUGUCUGAACUUUGAGGAUUGAAAAUAUCAACAUUUUAGAUGACACAUACUCCGCAAGAUUGUAUAUAUUGUAUUGUGUGUACCCAGUUGUGAUAACAGAAUAAAUUAUGAUGUGUUUUAAUUCAGAAUGGUUUGACCAGACACAUUGUUACUGUAUAUACCAUAGUUAUUGUUUGAUCCGAGUUUGAUUCACAGAUAUUCGUGAUAAUAUCCCCUGAACUUUAUGUGAUAGUUGCAUGUUAUUUUAGGCCAGCCUUUCUUCAUAACAAUAGACUAAAAUAUAAUGGGCAGAAAUAUAGCAUUGGGAAACUUCAUUGAUGUUUUAGUGGCUGGAUAUGAAAUAAUGCAGACAGUAUUUUUCUUCAGACACAACUUCUUGUCUUCAUUUGUGUUCAAUCUUUUAUCUGUUUGAAAGGGUUACAAAUAAUACGAAAGGGACAUAUCUAGCCUAUUAAAAAAAUUAUUUGUUUUUUAAGCCAGAAUGUUAAUAUUAUUUAUUCCAUUAACAAAUAAAGCUGUUGAUUUGUGGUGAUCAAGUAACGAGAAAGGUUGGCCCUGAGUGUAUGUUACCAUGGUUACCUGAUGUGUAUUACAGAACAAGAGUAUUAUUUGUAAAUAGGCAAUCAGGCAAUGUACUUUCAUCGAUUUUGAAAAUGAAAUGGUUGUGAAUAUAUUAAAUAUUUUUGGUAAUACAAUAAGUUGAAUAAAAAAAGCAGUUUAAUAAUGGUUGCAUAGUAAUUGUUAGAAAUAUGCAUUUAUUUAAAAGGAAUUCAGGCAUAAUUAAACAAUCUAUUAUAAACAUUUAGUGAAUAUUUGGCACCAUUUCUGCUCUCUCUAAUCCAACAUUUAUUUUAUAUUUUAAGUUUUGUUGUUAGGUUUUGUUAAAUUCUUAAAUUAGUAUACCGUAUUUGACGUAAUAAGCGCCCAAGGCACUCUCUAAAUUAGAAAUAGCGGCCUCUUAUUGGAAUAUUAUUUUGGUAAAAAAAAACAGAGUUGAAAGAUGGAAAAUUUCAUGGUUUAUGCUGACAGCCUGAAAUGUUUAUAUACAACAGAUAUAUUUUUCCAGAAUUUGAUUUCCCAUGUUUAAGGAUGCAUAUAACACAAGAGUGGGUAUUAUACACUGAUAAAUAGGUCUGUGUACAUUGAUCAAUUGGAAGGGGUGCUAAUUGGAAUUGUUCACUAGCCAAUAUAUUAGCAAAUAUCGCCGUGGGCGCUUAUUAGAGCUGGCGCUUAUUACGUCGAAUACGGUAAGUACCAAUAAUUAGUAGAGAGUGUGACAAUCAUCUUGUAUUCUCAAGUAUGUGUGUAUAUUAGGAAGAAUAUUCCAGAUUUUAGCCUUGUUAACACAGUAUUCAUUUUUAUGUAUUUUAUCUUCAUAUGCAUUGACAUCUAGAGUCUCUAUUGCUAUAUGUUCUUCUCAUAGAACAAAAGGUUGAUUGGACCAGAAAAAUGGGAUGAAAUACUGGGUACGCUGGGCUGAAUAAGAGGAUGAUCAGUCACUGGGGGCCACAGUUAUGCAUGUUUACACUGAUACUUUCCACAUAGAUGGGAAGUGUGAGACAACUCUUGUAAUGUCAGUCCCAUCAUGCACAGGUGUUGUAGACUGCCGGUAUGACCACUUUGCAUAUAUAUGACUAUUACAAACCCGAGCCCAGAGACUGGUGAUCAUCUUUGUUCAUGAGAAUUACAACUUGGUGUUGAUGGCGCCGUGGGCCCACUUGCACAGAGAGUACUUAGUACUAUGAUUAUUGUCUGUCUAUGUUAAGGUUUAGGAGUACAAUUGUCUUUGUGCUAAGAUUGUUUGUACAAAUGGGUCUGGGCCCGUUCCAGAAAGUGAUCUUAGCGCUAAGAUGAUUGUAACUCCCAUACUUUAACAUUGGGUUAAGCCAAUCAUACUGCUUAGAUCACGGCCGUGUUCCACAAAUCGAUCUUAGCGCUAAGUUGAUCGUAACUCCCAUAUUUUAACAUAGGGCAAAGUAAAUCGUAGCGCUUCGAUCAGGGCCCCAUUCCAUAAAACGAUCCUAGCGCAAAGAUGAUCGUAACUCCCAUACUUUAACAUAGGCUUAUGGUAGUCGUAAUGCUGAGAUGGCUUUGUGGAACGGGAUCCUGAAGCUUGUUGUAUCCAAGGUUGCCUCUGUGUUAUGUUCAGCAGUUGGCGAGUGUGUGAGAUGAUGAUCAGUGCUGGAAUUCAUUUACAUUGGCUCAUGUUGCUGGUUGAAGGAAGACACAAUUCAACUCUGAUUAUGCAAUAUUUUAUUGGGGUUGCUGGUAAAACCUGUCUGAACUUUCUACUUUUAAAUAAAUAUAUUUUCUUUUUA